AUGGAGUACAACACGACUUUGAGAAAGAUAGCUGGGAAACCAGGAAAGAAGGACUGGGACUUCAACGUAGAUCCAUGUACUGCUACUGGAACUCGUAACUGGACUAAAAACGACGAAGAUAAUGCUGUCGUCUGCAUGCUUGUCCUCGUGCUGAUGGUCUUUGUCAUGUUAUCAGCACAUUUCGGUUUUCGGAAAUCGGCUGACGGGAACGAUCCCACCGGAGCUAGGAAACAUUUCCACUCUUCUGAGUUUGGAAAAUCCUCAGAGAACCAUCUAAAAGGACAACGCUGUGGUUCGAAACACAGCGAGUUGGAUGAGCAGAAUGAUAGAGAGAAGCAUAGCGCAAGUGAAAUGCUUGAUGUUGAAAUGGGAGGGAUUGAGAAUAACUUUAAAGUUCCUUCACAAGGGCUCUCUGUUGAUAACCAAAGGAAUGAAAAAGGGUUUUCUGCUGGAGCUGUUGUUGGAAUUAUGGUUGGAUUAUGUGUAUUCCUCAUACUGGUGUUACUCAUUAUCCUUCGAAAGAAUGGUAUCCUUUAUGGGAAAGAUUCACAAGACAUAGAUCUUAAGGGCUUGGAUCUUAAAACCGGUAUAUUUACCUUAAAGGAAAUCAAAGCAGCAAUGAACAACUUCAAUGCUGAUAAUAAGAUUGGAGAAGGAGGGUUUGGUCCUGUUUAUAAGGGCAUUCUCAAAGAUGGCAGAAUAAUUGCAGUUAAACAGCUAUCUACUAAAUCAAGGCAAGGAAAUCGUGAAUUUCUAAAUGAAAUAGGCAUGAUUUUUGCUUUGCAACACCCUUGUCUUGUUAAGCUUCAUGGCUGUUGCAUUGAAGGAGAUCACUUGUUGCUCAUAUAUGAGUUUAUGGAUAACAAUAGUCUUGCUCGCGCUUUAUUGGGCCCAGAAGAACUCCAGAUAAAAUUGGAGUGGCCAACAAGACACAAGAUUUGUAUUGGGAUUGCGAGAGGUUUGGCUUACCUUCAUGAAGAAUCAAGAUUUAAAAUUGUUCAUAGAGACAUCAAGGCCACUAAUGUGUUGCUUGAUAAAGAUCUCAACCCCAAGAUAUCUGAUUUUGGUUUGGCCAAGCUUUACGAGGAGGAAAAUACACACAUUAGCACCAGAAUUGCUGGAACUUGUGGUUAUAUGGCUCCUGAAUAUGCAAUGCAUGGAUAUUUGACUAAGAAAGCAGAUGUUUAUAGUUUUGGAAUCGUUGCUUUGGAAAUUAUCAGUGGCAAGAUCAACACCACUCAAAAGUCAGAGGAAGAAUGCUUUUAUCUGCGUGAUUGGGCACAUCAGUUGAAAGACGGAGGUAAUUUGAUGGAUAUGGUGGAUCCAAAGUUGGGUGAGGACUUUAAUAGAGAGGAAAUAAUGACUAUGAUUGAUGUGGCUCUCCAAUGCACUGAAAACAAUCCAAAACUUAGGCCUACCAUGUCUAAAGUGCUUAGCAUUCUUGAAGGCAGGCCUGCUGAUCUGGAGGUAGUCUCAGAUGUUGAAAGUGAGAUUAUGGAUGAUGACUUGAAAUUGAAAUCGGCCAUGAAAGAAGAAGCUGAUAAAGAUGAGACUAAUCAGGCCAUAAACUCGUCAAGCCAUGAGUGUCAGACCACAUCUCAACCCCUUUUAGAAUUCUAUCAGGCCAGUAAAGAUUCUUCUUCCUGAGAGAAAACCAACUAGCUGUAUAUAUCUUAAACAUGGCCUCCUCAAGUUAAACAUGUUUAUCUUACCAUAGUUUGAUGGAUAUAUUACGUUAAUAUUGUACUAUAAAUUCUC